AUGCCUCCUCGCCGAGCGCAUACCAAAUCUCGCCAGGGCUGCGAUCAGUGCAAGAAACGUCGGGUCAAGUGUGACGAAAAAGGGCCACCGUGCUCCAAUUGUGUGUCACGAGAGCUCUCAUGUACAUACCUGCGAGCGCCGUCGCGGUCCGGCUGUGUGCGAGCAAGCCAUACCCCGGUCCCGCUGGCCGUAGACCCGCCUCCCCGGACGCUGGGGAUCCCCAGUUUCGGGGUGUCCGUUUCUCCGGACAUUUCGCGAGUGCGAGAUCUGGAGCUGAUGCACAAGUUCUCCACUGAUACUUUCAAAAGUCUUUGCUCUUCGCAGUCAGAGCAUCAUGUCUGGCAAAUCUCCAUUCCCCGUCUGGCCCUUCAGUAUGAUUUUUUGAUGAAUGGCAUCCUGGCUUUGGGAGCUCUUCAUAUUGCCGCCACAAUCGAGCCACCCGGUUCGCUGAUGUACAUUGACACGGCUCUGCAGUACCACAACCUUACAUUCGCGCCAUAUCGCGCAGCUGUGGAUAACAUCAACCCGAUGAACUGUGAGGCUGCGCUGGCGCAGUCAAUUAUCACGACCGUCAUCGGUAUUGCCCUCCCGGGGGUCAGCGCUUCCCGUGGGGAUUCUUCAAGCAUGACCGAGAACAUCGUUGUGGUCUUCGAACUCCUGCAAGGCGUGAGAAAGAUCCACCGCAUUGGGGAAUCAUGGAUGAAACUGGAGCUCUUCUCGAGCCGAAGAAACCAAUGGGAUCCCGAACUAGCCAGUUUGGACGACGGAACGCGGGCUGCCCUCGAGCGACUCGAGACUUUGAAUGAUGAGACUCUCACCAGUGUCGAUCCAGCCCAGCACCAGGUCAACAAAGAUGCCAUCAUCUAUCUACGGCACUUCUCAGUGCGAGUUAAUAAUUCUGUCGACCCCGCUAACGUCUUGGCUUGGCUUGCUAUGCUCGAUAAGGAAUUCGUGGAGAACGUGCGGCGCCGACGGCCGCUAGCAUUGUUGAUCCUCAUGCACUGGGGCGUGUUGCUUGGGGAGCUUGAUGGUGGGCAUUGGUGGGCUCGAGGCUCGGGCCGCGUCUUGAUCUCCGAGUUAUUGGAUGCAUUGCGUCCAGCAGACAUGCAAUGGGUGAACGCUGUGGCUUGGCCGCAGAAAAAGAUGGGACUUUGA